AUGUCUGAAGAAUCUAGUGAUAUUAUUGAGAUCUUCAAAAAAUUUAUGGGUAUACAAAGAAUUGCUCAAACUCGGUUCCAAGCCUUUAUCCAAACUUUUGAUGAAGAAAUGUAUAACUUUUUCCAAAAUCAUUUGCUUCCUCUUACAGAAAAAAAGUCCUCAAAAACUAUUAAAUUUCAACCCUUAGAUCACAAAAAACCUGAAUUUUCACUCCCAAUAAAGCGCCAGAAAGAGUCUCCUCCUUGCAUUCCAAUAGCAAAAAAAGCAAAAAAUUCAGAUCAACAACUGUGUGCACAUAUGGACCAAAUAAAAUCCAAAGUUCGAGAUUUAUACUCCAAAAACGUUAACCCUCUUCUUAUUGCAAAACUGUUUAACCUCAGCCCAGAUCGUGUACAUGGUAUUGGUAAUUGAAAGCAAGCUCCAGAAGAAAUACAAAUAAAAAUGUCUGAAAUGAAAGCUGAAUGUGAAAAACUACAAAGCCAAGGACUUUCUAUUAAAGAUAUUAGCAAAAAAAUGAAAUGCCCCAAAAAAAGGGUCAUGAACUUACUAGGAGAAUUAUCUCCUUAUGAUCUUUUAAAAUCUGCUGAAUCUAAACAAAUUAUAGUAAACAAAAUAUCUGAAGGUGCCUCAAAACAAAAUUUGGCUAAUGAAUUAGGAAUGCCAUUUUAUAGGCUUCAGCAUUGAAUCAAUGAUGCAAGUGAAGGAAAAGAACUGAGUGAUGAAGAUGCUAUACAAUCUGAAGGAGAAAUCCCAAGAGAUACUAUCCGAAAUUCAUUGUAUUAUUACUACAAAACAAAUAGUAAAGAUAUGGCCGCAAAUACUUGCAAUAUUGAUCCAGAUUAUAUAGAUAAAUGAGCUAAAAAGCUUGAAAAUUCGAUAGACGAGGGGAAAAUAAUCCUACCACCCAGUUCAGAACUUUAUGAGAGAAAUAAUAAUUUGGUAGCUGAAUAUUUGAAGAAUUCGAAUGGAUUUUUACCCAUUCAAGAUUUAAGCUUUCAAAGAAGAGAGGAUAAAGAAAUUGACGAUGAUGAAGAGAAUAGCGAUUAUAAAAUGCAGGAGCAAGAAGUGGCUUUGUAUUUUUAG